AUGUCUACAGUUACUGUCAAUUAUCAAUUCAAAGCUUAUAAAGUAAAAGUAACUCCAAGCACGAAUUUAAAUGAUAUUUUAAGACAAAGUUUAAAUCACUUUAAAUUGGACCGAGAUUCCAAUCAAAAUGGAUCUGUUUGUAGAUGGGUCUUUUUAUAUAAGGGGAAAGAAAUGACUAUGGAUUUACCAUGGAGAUUAAUGAAUCUACCUGCUGGUUGUAAAUUAGAUUUGAUAAAUAUUCAAGAUAAUACUAAUGUUAUUAAUAAUAAAAGUACCAAUACGUGUGAAUACAAAGAUGGAUCGUCUGAUCGUCUUUCUUCUUCUUCUUCAUCUGUUGGUAAUAACCUAAUCAAAAUGCGAUUUCAAGUAAGUGGUCGUGAGAGUGUUGUUCAACAGAUCAACCCAAUGGAUUCUAUUACAAAUACUUUUAAGGAUAUAGGUGAGAAAAAGAAUUGGGACGAGCUUUGUUCAAAUGAUAUUUUGCAAAAAUUGAAGUUCAGAGUUAUGUCAUCAGUGUAUGAUUACUCUAUGUUCAACGGUAAAAGUUUUCAUGAUUUAGGGGUAAGUAAAUCAAUUUCUGUCAAUAUUGAGAUCCCCUCUCAUCUGGAUUCUGAAUCCAAAUUAAAGAUGAACAAACAUGUGACCACAUGUACAGAUACCCCGCAGGAAGAAACUAGGAAAGAGAUCAACAUUAAACAUGAAAUACAUAAACCAACGGUGUAUUUGCCAUCAUCUGAUAAAUUAACAAUAGAGGCGGAUACUAACUACAAUGAUGAUAUUUAUGAGUUAUCUAUAGAACAUGCAAAAAUGUAUCAGAAUAUGUUGCUAAAACAAACUGGUAAUCUUGGUGGACCAUUAAUGACUAAAAGGUUAAGAGAAGAAAAAAUGAAACAAAUAAGGGAAAUGAAUAGACAAAAUAUUAAAGAAUGUUUAAUGCGAAUUAAAUUGCCCGAUCGUAGUUAUUUAGAGAUUGCAUUUAAACCAAAUGAAACUAUGAGAAAUGUUUAUGAAGAAAUCUCCAAAAAUUUUUUAAAUAGUCAAGUGAAAUUUAAUUUGUAUCAGACUCAUCCACAUGUACUGUUACCGUGUAAUGAUCAAUUAUUAGUGGAUGAUUUGAAGUUCAGAUCGAAGAAUGUUAUAGUAUUAGAAUUAGAAGAUCCAACAAAGAAAGGCCUGCUUUUGAAGGAUACUUUAUUAGCUAAUGCUAAAUCUAUUGUAGAGACAUUGGAAGGAAAUUCUGAUUUGGAGAUGAAACAUUUAAACUUAGAAUCAACAAAUCCAACUAACAACGACAUAUCUACUCAAGAAACUAAACCAAAGAAAUCUCUGAGGGGAAUUCCAAAGUGGUUAAAACUAAGUAAAAAGUAA